CCUUACACUUUGUUACUUCUCCAUCUCAAGCCCUAACCAAAGUGUCUAUUCGAUCCAUCAUCUUCACAAUCAAUAACCCAAUGGCUGAUACUCCAUCAACGCCCGAUUCACCAACGUCUGCUGGUUUCAACUCUGACCAGCUCCCACCGAACACCAGCCAGAAUUACUCGACGGACGAUGAGGCGGCGGUGGACCCCGAGAUCAUCAGAGACGAGCCGGACGUCCCUGAAGAGGAGGAAGAAGGAGAGGAUCUGUACAAUGACAAUUUCAUGGAUGAUUAUCGGAGAAUGGAUGAACACGAUCAGUAUGAGUCACUUGGACUGGAUGAAUCUCUCGAAGACGACAGAGAUUUUGAUCAGAUUAUGGCGGAUCGAAGGGCGGCCGAAACGGAACUUGAUGCUCGUGAUGGUAUUGUUUUAACCAACCCUAACCGGAAAAAGCUUCCUCAGCUUCUUCAUGAUCAGGAUACUGAUGACGACAACUAUAGGCCUUCCAAAAGGUCUAGAACUGCUUUCAGACCAAGAAGCCAGGAUGAUACUGAUGGUAUGCAAAGUUCACCACGGCAGUCCAGAGAUGAUGUACCCAUGACUGAUGCUACUGACGAUUAUCCAUAUGAGGAUGAUGAUGGGGAUGAAGCCGAGUUUGAGAUGUAUCGUGUUCAGGGGACAUUGAGAGAGUGGGUUACCCGGGAUGAAGUUCGACGUUUCAUUGCUAAAAAAUUUAGGGAAUUCUUACUAACAUAUGUGAGUGCCAAGAGUGACCAGGGAGAUUUCGAAUAUGUACGUUUGAUCAAUGAGAUGGUAUCAGCUAAUAAAUGCAGUUUGGAGAUUGAUUACAAGCAAUUCAUCUAUGUUCAUCCCAACAUUGCUAUAUGGCUGGCCGAUGCCCCUCAAUCUGUCCUAGAUGUCAUGGAAGAAGUUGCUAGGAAAGUUGUGUUUGAUUUACAUCCAAACUAUAGGAACAUUCAUCAAAAGAUAUAUGUUCGAAUAACCAACUUACCGGUUUAUGAUCAAAUUCGGAACAUUAGACAAAUCCAUUUGAACACCAUGAUUCGUAUUGGGGGAGUUGUGACUAGACGUUCUGGGGUCUUUCCCCAAUUGCAACAAGUAAAAUACGACUGCAACAAGUGUGGGGCCAUUUUGGGGCCAUUUUUUCAGAACUCUUAUUCAGAAGUCAAGGUUGGCUCUUGUCCUGAAUGCCAGUCAAAAGGGCCAUUCACUGUCAACAUUGAACAGACUAUAUACAGAAAUUAUCAGAAACUUACACUCCAAGAGAGCCCAGGAAUUGUGCCUGCAGGACGGCUCCCAAGAUACAAGGAAGUCAUACUGCUGAAUGAUCUGAUUGAUUGUGCCCGCCCUGGAGAAGAAAUUGAGGUCACAGGUGUAUACACAAAUAAUUUUGAUUUGUCCUUGAACACAAAGAAUGGAUUUCCUGUAUUUUCUACUGUGGUUGAAGCUAACCAUGUAACAAAAAAGCAUGAUCUCUUUUCUGCUUACAAGCUUACCCAGGAAGACAAAGAAGAGAUCGAGAAGUUGGCUAAAGACCCACGGAUUGGAGAAAGGAUCAUCAAGUCAAUUGCACCAUCUAUCUAUGGCCAUGAGGACAUAAAAACUGCAUUAGCUCUUGCUAUGUUUGGAGGUCAAGAGAAGAAUGUUGAAGGGAAACACCGACUUCGAGGGGAUAUAAAUGUACUUCUCCUUGGUGACCCAGGCACGGCAAAAUCACAAUUUCUGAAAUAUGUUGAAAAGACGGGGCAGAGAGCUGUAUAUACUACUGGCAAAGGGGCUUCUGCUGUAGGUUUGACAGCAGCGGUGCACAAAGAUCCAGUCACUAGGGAAUGGACCCUUGAAGGAGGAGCUCUUGUUCUCGCUGAUAGAGGGAUUUGUCUCAUUGAUGAGUUUGAUAAGAUGAAUGAUCAGGACAGGGUGAGCAUUCAUGAAGCAAUGGAGCAGCAAAGUAUAAGCAUAUCAAAAGCUGGGAUUGUUACUUCUCUUCAGGCUCGUUGCUCUGUAAUUGCUGCUGCAAAUCCAAUUGGAGGAAGAUACGAUUCCUCAAAAACAUUCUCACAAAAUGUUGAACUGACAGAUCCUAUCAUCUCCCGUUUCGAUGUUCUCUGUGUUGUUAAGGAUGUGGUUGACCCUGUAACUGAUGAGAUGCUUGCAAAGUUUGUAGUAGAUAGCCAUUCCAAGUCACAACCCAAGGGCACGAACUUAGACGAGAAAUCUGUGAAUGAUGCUGGAGAAGAUAUUCAAGCCUCUGAUAGGCUAGCUGACCCUGAGAUUCUUUCUCAAGAUAUGCUUAAGAAAUACAUUACUUAUGCAAAGUUGAACAUAUUCCCAAGGUUGCAUGACUCUGACAUGGAUAAGCUCACACAUGUUUAUGCUGAGCUUAGGAGAGAAUCUUCACAUGGUCAAGGAGUCCCCAUAGCUGUAAGGCACAUAGAAUCGAUGAUACGAAUGUCUGAGGCACAUGCCCGAAUGCACCUAAGGCAACAUGUAAUACAAGAAGAUGUUGACAUGGCAAUUCGUGUUUUACUUGAUUCAUUUAUCUCAACACAAAAAUUUGGCGUUCAAAAAGCUUUGCAGAAGAGCUUCAGAAAGUAUAUGACUUUCAAGAAAGACUACAAUAGGUUGCUGCUUGAACUUCUUCGUGAACUUGUGAAGAAUGCGCUGCACUUUGAAGAAAUUGUUUCUGGGUUUAAUUCCACUUCAACGCUUUCCCAUGUUGACAUUAAAAUUGCAGAACUCCAAUACAAGGCACAAGAACGUGAAAUCUAUGAUCUACAGCCAUUCUUCACUAGUGCUGAGUUUUCGGGAGCUGGUUUUGAGUUGGAUGAAGAACGAGGAAUAAUCAGACACCGGCUUGCAAGAUAAUGCAACAUUUUCAGCAUGAGUUUUACUCAUUAGGCAAUCAUUCAUCAGUGUCUUCUCCACAAAUUAUGCAGCUGUCAUGGUGGUGGUGGUGGUGGUGGUGGAAGAGCAAUCUAGACUGGUUAUUAGUUUCACAGAGAGAAGAGUCUAACAAGAUCCAGUAUAUGUCCUACUCUAUAUUGUAUUAGAAUGAAUCUGUAACUCUUAGUUCUUUCUGUUUAACUCUUGAAAAUUUAAUGAAUAUGAAAGGUGUAUGAAUAUAUUUAUGAUUUUGAUCA